AUACUCGGGAGUAGACUCCAACAUCUCUUCCCCCUCCCUGUCUCACUUAAAAUCACUGAGCUCCUACCAUAAAUCGGCCGUGCGCCACCACCCGCCGCCGUGCUCCGCCCCUCCAACCACCAAAAAGAACUCAUCAUCUGGCGAAUUCAGAAUGCUCUGCUGGAAGAACUCCGCCAACAGCCGCCGCCGCGGUUCCGUGCCGGUGUACCUGAGCGUCUACGAUCUCACCACCGCUAACGGCUACGCCUAUUGGUUCGGCCUCGGGGUUCAUCACUCCGGCGUUCAAGUGCACGGGGUGGAGUUUGCGUUCGGAGCACACGAGUAUCCGACGGCGGGGAUUUUCGAGGGGGAGCCGAAGAAGUGCGAGGGGUACCGAUUCCGGAGGUCGGUUUUGGUGGGUUGGUCGGAUAUGAGCGUGGGAGAGGUGAGGGCAGUAAUGGAAAGCCUUGCCCAAAAGUACAGAGGGAAUGCUUACAAUCUCAUCACCAAGAACUGCAACCAUUUCUGCAAUGAUGCUUGCAUUAGGCUCACUGGAAAUGGGAUCCCGAGUUGGGUCAACCGACUCGCUCGAAUCGGUAGCAUGUGCAGAUGUUUAGUACCGAUGAGAUUAAACACCACCAAAGUUCGUCACCACAGGAUUGAGGACAGACCAUCUAGUCAAGCAGCAACUGGCGGCGCCGGCGGUGGUAAUGGUGGUGGUGGCGGCGGCGGUGGAAGAGGAGAAGUUGAGAUAUGCAAAAAUCCUUCAAAGUGUAACACUCUGACGGAUUCGGAUUCAUCCGUGACUCAACCAAAAACACCCAAUAGUAGCAGAAGCCCGACACCGGCUUCUGCGUAGCAAUGCUUUGACAAAUUGGUAUAGAAAAGUUUUCUUUUUUUUUAUAGCCAAGAGCAGUGGCGGAUGUAAGAAAAAAUUUUAUUGAGGCGCUUUGGAGAGCAGUAUUAGGUCCGAAGCAUCGUCGUUGAAUCUUUUCUAAAUGUAAUAUUAAAUGACCAAACAAAAAGUAAUUCAUUUA